GGAAUCACUCCGCUUUGUAACUCCGCCGUGGAGCGGAGCGGCACCCAGUUCAAUUUUAGCGAGCGGCGAAAGUGGUGCUCCGCCCGCUCCGCUCCCUGACGGAGGAGCAGAGGAUUCCCGAACACAGCCUAAAUGUGGUUCACAGGACGGAGGUAUGUUGGUGGUGCCUCCGAGACAGGGAACAUGGGUUCUGCCAAAGUGGUCUUGGAGACGGUAGGGGAAUAAGAAGUCAGAAAGAGGCAACAAAAGGCGGAGGAGAGUGAGGUUCUCGAACAUUGUUGAAACGAUUUGUCGAUCGGAAACCUCAGAAACCGAAGACACUUCAAGUGAUAAUCACAGCAUGGCAAGUGAGGAUGAUGACCUUCGUGCGCGUCGUGCUGGUAAUAUAAAAUUGAGUGCCCGUGAAAAGAGUCUGUGUUAUCGAUAUGACCAACCCAUUGACAAGCAAUGUGCUUCAUCCUCAGGAAGUGACAAGGAGCAAGGUUAUAAUACAGUGGUGGCACUGGAAAGGGUGGCGACAGAGUCCAAAAGGGUGGAGGUGCUGCUGCUGCACUUGGUUCUGGAAUUGGCAUGGAAGGAGGGGCAGCUGAUGAUGGAACUAAUUCUUGUGGGAGGAUCCAGCGUCAUGACUGUGACUGUGAGCCUGGAUACACAUUCAGGGAUUCUUCGGGUUAGUGGAAUUGUUGAAUGUUUGAGAGUAGUAUAUAGUGCAUAUCAGGGCGGAUGUACGGAUAACUUGUGUCGACCACAAUGUCAGAGGUUGGAGGUAGCUCAAGCCAAGGAGGAUGCGGUGGCAAUGCAAAUGUUGAAGGGUUGCCAUAAAUUUUUCAUUGCCAAGACAGUGUUGCAGGUAAGCUGCCGUGGCAAAACUUCUGGAUUGCUGCUGCAGUGAUUGAGCGACACUGCCAUGGCCGAGUUUUUGCCGACAUAGUGGAUGCUCAAACAGUAGACAUGUGUGGGAUGGACAUGAAACAAAAUUGCCACAUCAAGGGGGUGUUUUUUGAUUGACCUUCAGAUUAUUGCUUAAAAUUAUUACAUGGAAAAUACAUUCUGUAUAUUGGAGAUUGUGGGUGGUGCUGCUUAAUUACUUGUUACUUAAUAUUGUGUGGCGGCAGUGCAUCUUGAACAAGAUAAGGUGGUCAUUGUUUCUGAUC